GCCAAGCCGAGGGACUGGAAUAAAUAUUUAGCCACUUCCCUUGAAUUUGAAAUGAUACUGUCACGAGGUCGCGCCCUCGAAGCGCUUGAAAUCAAGAUUUAUCGUAGGACUGGAACUUCAUCCACGAUUUCAUCACAGGAAAUAACAUCAACCUUUCCUGUCCUGCCUUAGAACACCAUUUCCUUACAAAGAAACGGUUUUGAGAGACGGAAAUCUCCCAUUUCCGCUGCUGUGUAACGCCAUACACUACUCUUUCGAUUUUCAUCUUUCACGGGAGAAGCACCUGAUGUUUGCGCUGAAAGAUUUUGCAAGACAUUUUCUACAAUAACAAGAGUCCGUCAUUAAGAGAUUAACAUUUUCUCUACCAGUACCGCGCAUCGUGACUUUAAAUGAACAAACAGCUAUUGUAAGUCUAACUGAGCAGUCGAGUCGACGAAGAUUUGAAAGAGAAGCGCUUGAGUUACUCGAGGUUAUAGGGAGUGUUUACUCCGACCUAUAGGUUUAAAAUGCUGCUAUUUGGAACUGUAGGAAACUCUUCAGAACCCACACCAUGGUGAUCACUCACUAGCAAGAACUGCUAAAUCGAAGGAACCGAAGUCGUUCGCUUUCUUCAUUAUAAGACCAUUAUGGCUUCGCUGAAAGUGGCGGUGCGCGCUCGGCCCUUGAACAACAGGGAAUUGGAGCUCGGAUCCAAAUGUAUUAUUCAAAUGGAAGGACAGAAAACAACAAUAUUCAACACGAAGCUUUAUGGUGAGAUAGGACUUGAAGGGGAUAAGGCUCGUGAUUUCAAGAAGGAAUUCUUUUUUGAUCACUCCUACUGGUCUGCUGAUGCCAGGGAUCCACAUUUUGUAACACAAGACAAGGUUUUUGAUGACCUUGGUCAGGGCGUGUUGGAGUCAGCAUUUGAAGGCUACAAUGCCUGCAUAUUUGCCUAUGGUCAGACAAGCGCUGGGAAGACUUAUACCAUGAUGGGAACCAAUGAGGAAGUGGGACUUAUUCCUAGGAUAUGCAAGGGAUUAUUUAAGUACAUUGAGCAGAACACAUCUCUGAGUUCUUCCUUCAGAACUGAAGUGAGCUACCUUGAAAUCUACAAUGAACAUGUGCGGGACCUGUUGAGGCCACAGAAACUGAAGAAACUUCCGCAGCAGAAUUUGAAAGUGCGUGAACAUCCCAAGCAAGGUCCAUAUGUUGAAGGGUUAACAAAGCAGCAUGUUUCUGAUUUUGACUCAAUUGAAGUUCUCAUGGAGCAGGGUAACAGGCUCAGAGCAACUGCUGCCACAAGAAUGAACAACACCAGCAGUCGUUCACAUGCAAUUUUCACAAUAAAGUUUACCCAGGCCAAAUUUAUGGAAGAUAUGCCCAGUGAAACUAUCAGCAAGAUACAUUUAGUAGACUUGGCUGGCAGUGAGCGUGCUAGUUCAAGUGGAGCCGCUGGCGAGAGGUUAAAGGAAGGAGCGAAUAUCAACAAAUCUCUUGUGACUUUGGGGAUUGUUAUUUCGACACUUGCUGAAAACUCCAUUAAUUCCUCGUCUUCAUCAAAGCGUCCUUCAUUCAGGAAGAAGCUGUUUGUUCCAUACCGUGAUUCUGUGCUGACAUUUCUUCUUAAGGACAGUUUAGGAGGAAAUUCUAAAACUGUUAUGGUUGCAGCUAUUUCACCUGCCGAAUGCAACUAUGGAGAAACACUUAGCACUCUUCGCUACGCGCAUCGAGCAAAGAGCAUCAUCAACAUGCCAACAAUUAACGAGGAUCCAAAUGUCAAACUUAUCAGGGAACUUAGAUCUGAAAUCGAGCGACUCAAAUCCAUCAUCCGGGACACCGAAAUGGGAGAUGAGAAAAUGUCCAUAAAUGACUCCAUGAAAGCUGCAAAGAAACUUCAUGAGAACCAAGCGCGGGUCGAGCAGCUAACAAAAGACUGGACCGAGAAAUGGAAGGAAGCGAAAUCCAUCAUGCAGGAGAGCGAGUUACAGCUUCGUCGUCAAGGUUCAUGUGUGGUUCUUGUCGACCUUGAACUUCCUCAUUUGGUUCGCUUGGAGGAGGAUCCGCUGAGAACAGAGAUAAUGCUGUAUCGUGUCAUGCACGGUAAGACACACAUUGGACGAGAAGACGCCCCCAACCCUCAGGAUAUCGUUCUUGAAGGUGAAGACAUCGAGAAAGAACACUGCGUACUGGAUUUUGUCAAAGGAAAGGUGACAUUUGAACCGAUUUCCGCCAUGUGUUGGGUGAAUGGAGUGGCUGUCACGCAGGCCACUAAACUCAAUCAAGUACAUUCUCACUACAAGUGCUGUAAGAAACGUCUGGAGGCGAGUAAUGAGAAUUUGUUUUUCUUUGUUGUUGUUGUUCCUAGUGAGCGUGCUAGUUCAAGUGGAGCCGCUGGCGAGAGGUUAAAGGAAGGAGCGAAUAUCAACAAAUCUCUUGUGACUUUGGGGAUUGUUAUUUCGACACUUGCUGAAAACUCCAUUAAUUCCUCGUCUUCAUCAAAGCGUCCUUCAUUCAGGAAGAAGCUGUUUGUUCCAUACCGUGAUUCUGUGCUGACAUUUCUUCUUAAGGACAGUUUAGGAGGAAAUUCUAAAACUGUUAUGGUUGCAGCUAUUUCACCUGCCGAAUGCAACUAUGGAGAAACACUUAGCACUCUUCGCUACGCGCAUCGAGCAAAGAGCAUCAUCAACAUGCCAACAAUUAACGAGGAUCCAAAUGUCAAACUUAUCAGGGAACUUAGAUCUGAAAUCGAGCGACUCAAAUCCAUCAUCCGGGACACCGAAAUGGGAGAUGAGAAAAUGUCCAUAAAUGACUCCAUGAAAGCUGCAAAGAAACUUCAUGAGAACCAAGCGCGGGUCGAGCAGCUAACAAAAGACUGGACCGAGAAAUGGAAGGAAGCGAAAUCCAUCAUGCAGGAGAGCGAGUUACAGCUUCGUCGUCAAGGUUCAUGUGUGGUUCUUGUCGACCUUGAACUUCCUCAUUUGGUUCGCUUGGAGGAGGAUCCGCUGAGAACAGAGAUAAUGCUGUAUCGUGUCAUGCACGGUAAGACACACAUUGGACGAGAAGACGCCCCCAACCCUCAGGAUAUCGUUCUUGAAGGUGAAGACAUCGAGAAAGAACACUGCGUACUGGAUUUUGUCAAAGGAAAGGUGACAUUUGAACCGAUUUCCGCCAUGUGUUGGGUGAAUGGAGUGGCUGUCACGCAGGCCACUAAACUCAAUCAAGGUGAUGUUAUUGUUCUUGGCAAGAGUGAUGUCUUCAAAUUCAACUUUCCAACGGAAGCAGCCAAACUGAGGGAAAAACGGCGCUCUGGCUUGUAUGGGAUGGAAUCGACGGAGUCCUUGAGUAAUUUCCAUAUCUCCCCGCUCCGUGGCAGUCAAGGCAAUCUGAGUGUGAAGUCUGACUCUUCAUCUCCGAUGACGUUUGACUCGGGUGUCGAGGCGGAUCUUCCAGGAGCAGAUUCUUUGGAUGAUCUCAAAAAUCAAGUGACGGAUCUGAUGGCUAGGCACAAAGAAGCUGAGGUGCGGCGACUGGAGAUAGAGAGAGCUUUCCAAACUGAAAUUGACAACAAACAAAAAGAAAUCGACGAUCAGAAAGAACACAUUCAAACUUUGCGCGAACUGCACGAAACCAGGUCACAAAAAGCCAGACUAGAUCUGGAGAACGUCCGGUUUAACAUGGACAAAAAACAUGACGACUCGAAGAACGACAUCGAGAAACAACUGGAAGAUUUGUUCGAGAUGAAGAUUAAACACAGCAGGGAAGUAGAGGAGUCGGCAGAAGAGAUAGCGAAGGAACGAGAAGAGGUUGGUCGGUUUAUGGAGGGUGAAUGGCAGAAGAUUAUUCAGUACGAGAUGAAACUAGCAGACAUUGAGCUGCAGAGGCGUAAAGUGCUUGUUCAGACGGAGGUCGAUCGAACGCAACAAGAGGAACUUCAUGCUCUGGAGAGAGAAGGAGAUUUAAAGGACCUGGAAGACAAACAGGUGAAGUUGUUGGAAUUGCAAGAAACGCUUGAAAAAGCCAAGAACGAAGCAGAAGAGAACUUAAAUCGGGACAAAAUUACUUUAGAGUGUGCGCUUACGAAGAAUUUAGCUGAACUAGACGAAGUAGAAAGAAAAAUUCGACUUCUGGAGGAAAAACACGAUCAGUAUUUCACAUACCUCAGCUCUUUGGAAGACUCCGCGGACACGGAGCAAAGUUGCGAGGAGAAUGGAGUUGUCGAUCAUACCGACAAGAAACGGAGGAUUUCGGAUUGUGGUUUGAGACCUAAAACUGUUUCUUUCGAUCUGCGACAACGGAGACGAACCAGCUGGAAUUUAGAUUCACGGCGUAAAUUGGUUACUGAUUCGGAUGGUGGUGUUGACGAUGUGCUAGCUAUGCAAAUGCAGAGCUUGUUAGAACUGAAAGAGGAAAAAGAAAAGAUGAUAGAGAAAACACGUGGCAAGUUAGCUGAGGAAAUCACGAGUGUGGAAUUCUACGGUCGACAAAUCUUGGAAAACGAGGCUAAAAUAACAGAACUUGAAGAACAGUACAAGACUUCGCGCCAGCAGCACGCUGAGAAAAUUCGCUUGUGUUUGGAAAACUUGAAAAGCAAAGAAGAACAGGUAAUCGGGGAAAUUGACCAAGAACGCGAACGUUAUGUGGAACUGUUAUGGAAAGAAUAUGGUGAGAUCGAAAGUUUGAUUAACGAAACAUUUGACUCCCUGAACUCCGGUGAUCCCUCUGAAGGCGAAGAAGCCAGCGAUGGCGAGACGAACGAACAGAGACGCGAAGUUCUUAGUUUGGUUAAGGGGAGAUUAAAGCAGAUUGGCUCUGAUGAAGAUGAAUUAUUUCUUGAGUAUGUCGCUAAGCGAGCUCACUUUGAGAAAGACGAAGAACGUGUUCACGAGCAACAGAAACGUAUCUCCGACCAGAUGUUGGAUGGUAUCAAAGAGAAGGAGAUCGCACUACAGAAACUCUCUGGACAAAAGGAAAGGUUCCACGUGGAAAGAGCGAGGGAGCGAAGGCUAAUAUAUUCACGAAUAAAGAGGCUUUCACGUGUGAAGUCGUCAGAUGAUCUUCAAAAUGAGGAAGCGUUGGAGCUUUUCAAGGAAGAAGCGAGGAAACUUCGAGAGACAUUCGAGAAAGUCGAGGAAAGUGAAAACAGACUACAACUUGAACGGCGGGAACGAGAGAAUAUCCAUCUGCAACUAGAGGAAGCACGAGCCAAGCUGCGAACAAGUGAAGAGGACAAAGAGGAAUGCGAGGAGAAACUGAGAGACUUGGAAAAACAAAAACUGGAAAAGGAGAAAGAAAUCAGUGAACUGAAAAGACAAAUAGAGGAAGAAAAACAAAGCUAUUUAGAAAAUCUCAAAACGGAAGAUUACGAAUUCAUCGAGAAACCUCUAGUUAACCGACUUCACGUAAAAUUCCGGGUGCUUGGUAACCACGCGGCUGCCGAGGUUCUGAAAGAGGCCUUACUUGCAUCAAGCGUCCCCGAGAUGAUCAAGUCGGCACCAGCAUCCUGGGGCUCUUCGCGGCAAGGAGUAGAUAAUUCCUCGCACGGCGGAUGGCUGUUUCACAGUAUUCAAAAAGACGUUACAAUCGUACGGAAAAGAGAAGAAGGAGGCGGCGGACUUUUACACUGUUUUAUGGGGCGAGGAGUCAUUGAAGCAUCACCGCUGACCGUUUGGGAAGCAGUCAAGAAUCCGCUGUCCAGAUAUAUUUAUGACAACAUGCUUAAGAAAAUAAACAUUGUAGAGCAUGUCGAGGAAGGAUUGAAAGUGGUGUACAUGCUUCACGAGACAUCUCAGUGCUUUAUGACACACUCACGUGACUUCUGUUACGUAUCCAAAGAACGCGUGGAGGGUCAAAAGUAUGUGCUGGCAUCUCAAUCGAUUGAACAUCCGAAGUGUCCACUGUCCACCUCAAUCAUCCGCGGACAGAUCAUGUCCAGUGGAUGGAUUGUGGAACCAGUACGCGUUAACGGCCAGGACUGUUCCCUUGUGUGGUACAUCACCAAGGUUCACCUCGGCUCUUCAUCCCUUCCAUGGCGGUUAAUUGAUCUGCUAUCCAAACGACAGCCCCUCAGUAUAGCCUUCCUACGGAACUACCUGGCGCCUCCUUGAGUAUACCGAGCUGCUAUCCAAACGGCAGCCCCGUCUAUAUAGCGUGCCUACGGAGCCUGCUGGCCCAUCCAUAAGGUUACUAAACGGCAGGCCCUCGUUAGAGUGUACUUAUGAAGCUUGCGAAUUGCUAUGCAAGGGAGCCCUUCAUUAUAUGGAGCUCUUUGGCGCCACAGGAGAACAAUAUUCUUUUAGCAUACAAAAAUACGUGUUUUUACUCUAAAUACAUUUUAAAGCAAGAGUCGAAAUUCCAAGUUCCAAAUUUUAAAUUUAUCGCCUAAAGGGAUUAAUUUGAACGUUUUUAAGAAUUUCGUUUAUUGUUAUAUAAUGUUAAUAUGGCAAGAUGUUUGUCAGUGCUAUGAAGGUGCAACGUACCAUAAAAUCGGAGUUUAUCCACCAUAUAUGUAGUGGGAUUCCUAGAUUUGUUUAGUAUUUAUUCGGCUUAGCUUUGGGUUCAUCCCACUCAUCAACAAUUCCAUUUUAGCUGUUAAUUUAAAUGGGGGUUGAAACUUUCUGUUGUGGUUGGUAACUUGUUCAGUUUAAAAACAAAGAGGUUAUUUUACCCUUGAAUUUGUAGCAGAUUUUUAGCGUUUUUAUUCACAUCUGCUUCUUAUGCAAGGCAUUUUAAGAGAAGUAUCGUCUACAGCAAUUUAUAUGCAAAGACAAAAAUGGACUGUAUAUAACACUUUCUGCGCUUGCGAACUAAAAUAUUUCCUUAUUGCUGGUUAAAUUUUAUGAAAGAGUAUUUAAUUAUAGAGUAAAUCAAUAGAUAUUUUGGGAAUUGUAUUAUAGCGGUGUAUUUUGAAUUGAAGAGCAAAUUUAACAUUUGUAACGUACAAUUUGUAGGACAUGGGUUUGGAUGCAAAUCGUUUCUUGACGUCUCUACGUUGUAUUUUUUUUUAAUUUUGGUUUUCUUAGUACUCGGUCAGUCGAGCAAAGUCAGGGUACGAGGUGAAGAUUCAAUAACGGGGCAAUUAUAAGGUCACGCAAGGAUAAAGCACGUGUGACUACAAGCAAUUUGAUUGGACAAGAAAUUUGAAAAAGCCAACAUAAAGAUAACAAGUUCUUAGCGGUGUAAAAAUCUCGUUCCCAGAGACCGCGAUCCUUUUGGCCAGUCAAAAUGAGGUGAGCCAGCAUUAGGCACAGCGGUUAUUCCAUCUAGUCAUGUUCUGAAAUCGUUAUUGAAUUUGAACGCAUGCGUACAAUAAAAAAAGAUCAAGCCGAAGCUAGCAUAUCCUGGUUCCGAAACCUCGCAGGUCCUGGGGACGCGAUUUGUGGUGGGAUCAAAAGAGAACGGAUCCCGGAAACUUCCUCUUUACUUUGAAUUGUAGUUUGACCAACAACUCUCGUGUGAUGACUGCUAGUAUCGUGUGCUCAUAUCGUUUUUGAUCCUGCUCAAACGAUCAUUUUUUGUCUCAUCCACAGGCAAAUAAUAUCAUUUCUGGCCUACUCUCAGCUCGUUUGAUCACCUUGCGAAGAGUAAAGAAAAACAUCAUCGACUUUCGUUCACGUUUGAUCCGCACCUUAGUUUUGUCUCAGUUAUGAGUAAUUGUCAUUUUUUAGGGGUUAGUAUUUGGGUAGAGUUAUAGUUUUAAUGCCUUUGCAUACAUUUGUUAGCGUUUUCGAGGCUUUCAGAUUGUUGACAACCUGCAAAAUGUGUAGCGACGGAAAAAUUAGACAUGCGAGAGCUUGGAACAUGCUAACAUUUCUUAGUUUUGAUAAAACAAAAUUUCCAAUGGUAAAUGACAUUUAGAUAGUUAAUAGUCACAAAUGAUAUUUAUGCUAUAGUUGGUUGGAAGGUGAAUAACUUUAUACAAGUAUUUUGUUUCGUUACAGUAGCCCUCAGUGCAAAACUGAUCUCAGUAAAGAACAGUUUGAAUUUAUGA